CGGUUCAAAACAUCGUCCAAGCACCUGAUUCUCGCGUCGAAAUAUUUUGAAAGAAGACUAAGCAACCGCUGGCCUGAAGGCGAUAUACUUGAAUCCAGAGGAACAGUGCAGUUGGAACUUCCUGACACGGACCUUGAUGCGUUUAAGAUCAUUUUGGAUCUUAUUCACGGUCGAACCAAUGCGGUUCCUCGGACAGUGGACCUGGCGCAGCUAACAGAGCUUACGGUGCUUACUGAUUACUUUGGUUGCCUUGAGGCGCUUGGGCUAUUCCCAUCAUCGUGGAUAAAUGGGCUGAAGGACGACAUUCCCACGACAUACUGCAGAGACCUCAUGAAAUGGAUUUUUAUCUCCUGUGUCUUUGAACAGAAAGAAAUUCUCUCUGGGGUGACUCAAGUUGCUCAACGUCAAAGCAAAGAUGUACUAGACCCACUGGACCUUCCCAUCCCGCAAAAUAUCCAAGAUCGUAUCAACGACACAAGAAUCGAGGCCCUCAGUGGGAUCUUCAAAGCUCUGAACGAUCGUCGAGAAGAGCUAGAGAAUAAAACCAUUUGCUCUUUUGAGUGCGAUUCAUCAAAACUGGGGGAUUGA